AUGCUAAAGCGUCUCUUCCUUCUUCUCGCCGCGUCCCAAGCGGCAGCAGCAGCCUGCACAUCGCCAAGCGUGCGAGCACCUUGGACAUCUCUAACCGAAGCAGAACGAGAAUCCUACGUAAACGCGACGCUAUGCCUAAUGGACCCGACCCAAGCACCAGCCAAAGCAGGCACCUGGGGCUCGACGAGCCGAUGGGAGGAACUCCUCGCGGCGCAUAUCGCGCAGGUCCGAUACAUCCACACAGUCGGCGCGCUGUUUCCAUGGCAUCGCUGGUACACCAAGAUCCACGAGGACCUGCUCCGUAACGAAUGCGGCUUCGUCGGAGCAUACCCAUACUGGGACGAACAAGCAGACCAAGCCCUGCACCCCAUCCAAAACGCCAGCGUCUGGGACCAUCCCGCCUCAAACACAUCGGCCAUCCCCGCCUUCGGCACAGGCAGAACAGACGCGAACAACUGCAUCCUCGACGGCGCUUUCGCAGCCUACCGCGUACGCAUCACGACGCAACUAACCCGCUCCGAGCCGGGAACCUGCCUCACGCGCGGGCUGAACCAGACCGCCUUCGACACAGUAUCGCAGAAAAACACGGUGGACCCGUGCAUGGCCGUCCCGUCGGAUGAUUACGCCGAGAUGCUGAAUUGUCUGGGGAACGCGCCUCAUAGCGGUGGACAUCUCGGUGUGGGCGGUAUCAUGAGGGACCACGCUAGGUCGCCCGCGGACCCGAUCUUUUACCUCCACCACGCGAACCUCGACCGGUUGUGGUGGGAGUGGCAGACGGCCAACCUAUCCACCAGGCUGUAUGCCAUGGGCGGGCCCAAUGUUGCUAACGGGCAGAUCUUCAUCGACGCGCAGCCGGCUAUUCUGCCCCUCGAAGCCUUUGUGCCGUAUUUUGGUGACGGAGGGGACGCCACGACGUUGGAUCACGUCAUGUGGAUGCCUGGAUUGGCUGAGAACAUUACCAUACGGAAUGCGAUGGAUAUUCGGGAAGAGGCGAUGUGCUUUGAGUACGUGUGA